AUGGCGCUGGACUUACAGCCGCCCGACGGUCGCAAACGAGUCAAGGUCUACGAGUUGAGGGAUAAUGACUGGUUUGACCGCGGCACAGGUUUUUGCACAGGGCAAAUAUUGGGGGAGGAGCCUCGGAUACUCGUCGAAUCGGAAGAUCAGCCAGACCGCGUACUGCUGGAGACCAAGAUCUCCAAAGACGAUGGCUACCAGAAACAACAAGAGACCUUGAUCGUCUGGACGGAGCCGAAUGGGACGGAUAUGGCGCUGAGUUUUCAAGAGGCCGAUGGCUGUGCGGUGAUCUGGGAUUUUGUCAAUGCCGUUCAGCAACAUCUACUCAGUUUAGCCGCAGCUGAUGAUGCCCUCUCCGACGACCUCGAAAGCUACCAGUCGAUCGUGCUGCCUGCCCCCGAACUCGGCAAUCUCCCGGAAAUCGAACAAAUCGUACGCGCCGCGAGCAUGACGCAAGCGGGCCGAGAUGCGCUGUCCAAAUUCAUCAUCCGCGACGAGUAUAUCAACAAACUAGUGCCAUUGGUGACAAUGGCUGAGGAUCUUGAGAGUCUGACCGACCUGCACCGUCUCUGCAACAUUAUGAAAUCCCUCAUUCUCCUGAACGACAACACCAUCAUUGAGACAGUGGUGGCCGAUCAAAUUAUACUGGGCGUAGUUGGUGCUCUGGAAUACGAUCCUGAAUUUCCCACCCACAAGGCGAACCACCGACAGUACCUCGCAGAUCAGUCGCGCUACAAAGAAGUCGUUCCCAUCAAGGACCCGCUGAUUCGCCGGAAAAUUCGAAGUACUUGGCGAUUACAAUACUUGAAAGAUGUGGUGCUGGCUCGGAUAUUGGACGACCCGACGUUCUCGGUGCUCAAUUCCUUGAUAUUUUUCAACCAGAUGGAGAUCGUGAACCACAUUCAAUCGAACGCACAAUUCCUGCGGGAGCUUUUCUCCGUUUUCGACCCGAGAAGCAUGGAUGGGAAACGCAAGGAUGAUGCGGUGCAAUUCCUCCACCAGUGCGCCGCGAUUGCGAAGAACCUGCAAGCACCGUCGCGGGCCCAACUUUUCGCCAACUUCAUCAGCCAUGGCUUGUUCGCCGUCAUUGCCUUUGCCGUGAAACACCCAAAACCGGCCAUGCGCACCACCGGCAUCGACAUUUUGGUGGCGUUGCUGGAUCAUGAUCCAGUGAUGAUGCGCGGGUAUAUGCUCAAGGCCGUCAACGAGAAGAAGACGCCGCUCACCGACACCUUGAUUGAUUUGCUUCAUGCGGAGACCGACCUUGGAGUCAAAAACCAACUCGCGGAUGCGAUCAAGAUUCUUCUUGACCCGCAAUUACCCCUGCAAGACCCGCUCGGCCGGGCUGGUCCCGAUUAUUUCAAAGUCCGUUCUUCCAACCUUCUUUCCGAUGCAUUCGUCCAGCAGCAUUUCGAUGAGUCUUCCAAGCGGCUCUUUCAACCGCUCAAACAGCUUGCAAAUCGCGCUAGCCUUCAUGAUUUGACGUUCCAAGAAGUCACGCUUCACUCGCAUCUUGUUGAUAUUCUCACUUUCUUUGCCCGUCAACAUCUUUUCCGUACGCGCAAUGCGAUCCACAAUGAAGCUCUCGCCCCCCGAGUUGCGCAGCUUCUGCGGGCACCCCAGAAACACCUGAAGCUGAUUGCCCUCAAGUUCUUCCGUAACUUGGUCAGUCUUCAGGAUACUUUCUACCAAGCUCUCAUGACGCAUAACAACACUUUUGGGUUGAUCCUCGAUAUCGUUUACGAAACAAUGCCGCGCGACAAUCUGCUUAACUCCGCCUGCCUCGAGUUUUUCGAGUUUAUCAAACGGGAAAAUAUCAAGCCGUUUAUUCUCCACAUCGUGGAGAAAUACCGCGAAAAGCUUGAGCACAUCACCUACGUCAACACGUUCCAAAACUUGAUUCUUCGGUAUGAUCAGAUGCAGGGCUAUGGUGCUGAGGCCGACUCCGCGCUGUUCAGCCAAGAUGAAGGCAGCACACCCCGUCGGAUACCGGUAAAUGGUCAGCGCUGGCGGGGCAUGAAGGAGAUGGACGCUGCCGAAGAAGAGUACUUCAACACAUCUGAUGAUGAAGACGAGUGGUCACAGGAGAACCGUGCUGCCAUUGCUGCCGAUGCGAUUAAUGGAUCUGCCUCGCCGGUUGUCAAGCCGUUGGUGGACUACCCCGACGAUGACGACGAGGAUGUGAUGGAUACCAAACCCGAGGAUCUCGCCGAUCAGUCUGCCCAAGUUCAGCCUUUGAACGUGAGCGACACUCAGGCCGAACACCCUGCUGACCCAGCUCCCACUCCUGCAUCGCCCACCCAGACUUUGCCUGUGCCAGAACGGCUGGCAGAGAAGCGUCGACGCGAUGAAGAAGACGAAGAUGAGUUAAUGAAGCUCGCUGCCGGAUCCAAGCGAAGAAGCUCCACGAGCAGCAAUUCUAGCGCCGGUCGAAAAAAGACAUUAUCUGUCGGGUCGUUGGGCUUGGAAAAGGGAACCACGGGCGUCUUUGGCAGUGUCACCAGCAGUGCAGCACCCAAGCGAAUUGCCAUCAACCUUGGGCAGGCAGCCAAACCGGUUGCCACCGACAGUGAAAACAACGGCGCAGAAAUUGCCUCAAACGAAAACCAUGAAAAAGAAAACCGAACCGACAGCCAAGAUGGCGAGGAUGGAUGA